CGUAGCUAGUUGUUGCUCGUCUGAGAGGUCUGAACGAUGAUUGACAAUAAUGGCGACGCGUUUAUUCUGAGUUGACUCCAGGGAACCAUCUCUGGCUGACAAAGGGAACAUCUUUGGAUAUAUUUUCACUGCCACAGACAACAACAAUCAGGAUUAAGCCACCGCCAAAAGGACCACAUUUACCUCAACCAUAAGGACUUGGGAGAGGUUUAAAUCCAGCUAGCAUUGCGAUAGCUAGCAACUCGGCUCGCUUGGCUUGCUAAGUUGAAGAGGUGGCAUUCUUGUGUGUGGAGUGGAGGAGAGGGGGCAGACAGCUUGCAGAGUACUGAGAUUCAGCAAAGCUAACAAUGUGGCUUCUUACAAGAAUUCGGGGGUAACUAGUUUUAUUCUCGGAAGCAACAUUUAGGAGGCCCUGGCUUGCAACCAACAUUAGCUUGUGGGAAUAGUUUUUAAAGGCUCCUACAGCCUCCUUUUGGUAGCUAACUUAGCUCGCAGGCUAGCUUUGUGGAUUGUUCCUUUCUCUCCUGUUAGGACUUGCUUGCACUCUGUUCACCAGUGCAGUGACUAAGCCUGCUUAUUAUCAAUUAUUUUUUUGGGAAGAAUUGCAAACACCGGUUCUUCUUAAAAUGACGACCGGCAGGAAUAAUCGAGCGAUGAUGGAAGGAGUUGGGGCGAGGGUGGUCCGCGGACCUGACUGGAAGUGGGGGAAGCAGGAUGGUGGAGAGGGACAUGUCGGCACCGUCAGGAGUUUUGAAAGUCCAGAGGAGGUGGUGGUCGUCUGGGAUAAUGGCACCGCCGCGAACUACCGCUGUUCCGGAGCUUACGACGUGAGGAUAUUAGACAGCGCUCCAACAGGCAUCAAGCAUGAUGGAACCAUGUGUGACACCUGCCGUCAACAGCCUAUCAUCGGGAUCCGCUGGAAAUGUGCUGAAUGUACCAAUUAUGACCUCUGCACAACCUGUUACCAUGGAGACAAGCAUCACCUCAGGCACAGGUUCUACAGGAUCACCACCCCAGGCAGUGAGAGAGUACUUUUGGAGUCGCGUCGCAAGUCAAAGAAAAUCACAGCCAGGGGGAUCUUUACUGGCGGUCGAGUGGUGAGAGGAGUGGACUGGCAGUGGGAAGACCAAGAUGGGGGCAACGGAAGGAGAGGAAAGGUGACAGAGAUCCAGGACUGGAGUGCAGCCAGCCCUCACAGCGCUGCCUACGUUCUGUGGGACAAUGGGGCCAAGAACCUGUACAGAGUUGGCUUUGAGGGGAUGUCUGAUCUGAAAUGUGUCCAGGAUGCCAAAGGAGGCUCUUUUUACAGAGACCACUGUCCCGUUUUAGGUGAGCAGAAUGGCAACAGAAAUCCCGGCGGUCUCCAGAUUGGAGACCUGGUCAACAUUGACUUAGACCUUGAAAUUGUUCAGUCCCUCCAACACGGCCACGGCGGCUGGACUGAUGGCAUGUUUGAGACGCUCACAACCACUGGCACAGUAUGCGGCAUUGAUGAGGAUCAUGAUAUUGUCGUCCAGUACCCCAGUGGGAACAGGUGGACUUUCAACCCAGCAGUGCUGACAAAGGCUAAUGUGGUGCGCAGUGGUGAAGUAGCAGCCGGGGCAGAGGGAGGCACGUCGCAGUUUCUGGUGGGAGACCUGGUCCAGAUUUGCUACGACAUCGACCGCAUCAAGUUGCUGCAAAGAGGCCACGGAGAGUGGGCUGAGGCCAUGCUGCCUACCCUAGGCAAGGUGGGCCGUGUGCAGCAGAUCUACUCUGACAGUGACCUGAAGGUCGAGGUUUGUGGCACCUCUUGGACGUACAAUCCAGCUGCUGUCACCAAGAUUGCCCCCUCUGGCUCUGCUGUAAGCAACGCUUCUGGAGAGCGCCUGUCUCAGUUGCUGAAAAAACUAUUUGAGACACAAGAAUCCGGUGAUAUUAAUGAGGAGCUGGUCAAGGCAGCAGCCAAUGGAGACCUGGCCAAGGUUGAGGACAUCCUUAAGAGACCUGAUGUUGAUGUGAACGGGCAGUGUGCUGGACACACUGCGAUGCAGGCAGCCAGUCAGAACGGUCACGUGGAUGUCCUCAAACUGCUCCUCAAACACAACGUGGACCUUGAAGCCGAGGACAAAGAUGGAGACCGGGCAGUGCACCAUGCAGCCUUUGGUGAUGAGGGCUCUGUUAUUGAAGUGCUGCAGAGAGGCGGUGCUGACUUGAAUGCCAGGAACAAGCGAAGGCAGACUCCUUUACACAUAGCUGUUAAUAAGGGCCAUCUGCAGGUGGUCAAAACCCUGCUGGAUUUUGGCUGCCACCCCAGCCUCCAGGAUUCAGAGGGGGACACACCCCUGCACGAUGCCAUAAGCAAGAAGAGAGAUGACAUGCUGUCAGUGCUGCUGGAGGCAGGUGCUGAUGUCACCAUCACCAACAAUAAUGGCUUUAAUGCUUUACAUCAUGCUGCCCUGCGAGGAAACCCCAGUGCCAUGCGUGUGCUGCUGUCCAAACUGCCGAGGCCUUGGAUCGUAGACGAGAAGAAGGACGACGGUUACACUGCACUGCACCUUGCUGCCCUCAACAACCAUGUGGAGGUGGCUGAGCUUUUGGUGCACCAGGGCAGUGCCAGCUUAGACAUCCAGAAUGUCAACCAGCAGACGGCCUUACAUCUGGCAGUGGAGCGUCAACACACCCAGAUAGUCCGGCUGCUGGUGCGUGCAGAGGCCAAGCUUGAUGUUCAGGACAAGGACGGGGACACGCCACUUCACGAGGCACUGCGUCACCACACGCUGUCCCAAUUGCGACAACUCCAAGAUAUGCAGGACGUCAGCAAAGUGGAGCCCUGGGAACCUUCCAAGAACACAUUAAUCAUGGGCUUGGGCACCCAGGGGGCAGAGAAGAAGAGCGCAGCAUCCAUCGCCUGUUUCCUGGCAGCUAACGGAGCCGACCUGACCAUUCGUAACAAGAAGGGCCAGUCCCCUCUAGACCUGUGUCCCGACCCCAGCCUCUGCAAGGCUCUGGCCAAAUGUCACAAGGAGAAGAGCAGCGGCCAGGUGGGCACCCGCAGCCCGUCUCAGAACAGCAACAUCGAGUCACUGGAGGAGUGUAUGGUGUGUUCAGACAUGAAGAGGGACACUCUGUUUGGGCCCUGCGGACACAUCGCCACCUGCUCCCUCUGCUCGCCGCGUGUGAAGAAGUGUCUUAUCUGCAAGGAUCAGGUCCAGUCAAGAACCAAGAUUGAGGAGUGUGUUGUCUGCUCUGACAAAAAGGCAGCUGUGUUGUUCCAGCCCUGCGGCCACAUGUGCGCUUGUGAGAACUGUGCCAGCCUCAUGAAGAAGUGCGUACAGUGCCGGGCUGUGGUGGAACGCCGCACCCCCUUCGUUCUGUGCUGUGGAGGGAAAGGUAUGGAGGAUGAUGCCGCUGAUGAUGAUGAUGAUGAUGAUGAUGAUGAUGAUGAUGAUGACAUUACAGGGAGCUCUAACACUAUGGCAGGGGGAUCGCAGGAUCUUCUCCAGCCCAACAAUCUGGCUCUAAGUUGGUCGAGUGGAAACAUCCCGGCCAUGCAGAGAGACAAGGACAACACUAACGUCAACGCCGAUGUGCAGAAGCUUCAGCAGCAGCUCCAGGACAUCAAAGAACAGACCAUGUGCCCCGUGUGUCUGGACCGGCUGAAGAACAUGAUCUUCAUGUGCGGCCACGGCACCUGCCAGCUGUGCGGGGACCGAAUGAGCGAGUGCCCCAUAUGCCGCAAGGCCAUCGAGCGCCGCAUCCUCCUCUACUAGACCGACUGAACACCCCCUCCCCACAGACUCACCUUUUCUCUUUUCUCUUAAAGCCCACGCUGACCACGCCCACAAAGCCACAAUCAUACCAGCUGCUGCUGCUGCUGCUGCUGCUGCUGCUGCUGCUCGGUCAUCCUCACAGCACCCAAGUCAGCCAGCCCAGGGGCGUCCUCACAUGUCUUAUUGGACACAACAAAUGCUCUCUUGAUGGUUUGAUUGUGUUCAGAUGGAAUACCUGUUACAAAAAAUUGAGAAAAUAUCAAUUGACUCUUAUCACUUUUGCUGUGCUGUCAUCACGUGUCCUUUCAGCAGACAGAAAGAUGCUUGCAACACUGACGUUGCCUUUUUUUCUUAAUUUUUUCUCUCUGCCUGCCGUAUUCUUUUUCCUCUUUCUGUGUCAGUUUUACUCGUGAAGCUUCUUUCCUCUGAUCGAGUCCAGUGCGGCUCUUUUAGACACGUGGUCUUGGAUAUUUAAGUGCACGGGCGAGUCCUGAAUCUGUAUUUCCUCUUAGAAAAACUCAGAAAAUUCAGAAACAUAGAGGUUGUUUUUGGAGCUCGACCCGCUACCUUUCAUGUAAAGUUAUCGUGCAUCUGUCGCAGUCGGUGCCGGCUGCAGUCGAGUUUUAUUGUAUUUGUAAAUCUUUAUGCACGUCUUUUGGUAUUGGAAGCUCCAGAUGUGGAUUUUUUAAGUACUUCAGUUUUCAUGACAGUAUGGUAAGUUUGUGACACAUUACUGUUUUUGCACCACUUAAAAGUUUCAGUGAGUGUUUAAGCUUCGCGUGUGUGAUCAGUUUGGCCGUGUGUGUCACGCUGUACGCCAACUGGCCCUUUUACGUUGAAGACCAGAUGUUGGCAGUUUUGCACUAGAAAAGCUGAGUCAGGGUAUAUGCUGUUUUUUUUUUCUGACUCCAGAGAUCCACUUCAGCUCACUGAUAAAACUCAGAUAAAGUUGUAGUAACUGCCAGGUAGCAACACCACGCCCGCACUGUUUACCGAGCUGUACCAGGAACAACGGCAGUGACGCAACACCCGUUUGAUUGUGAACGACCAGAGAGACGCUGUGUCAGGAUUCAAGAAUAAAAGACAAACUCAUUCAGCUUCUGUCCAGUGAUCAGCUCCUGUUGUUUGUUGUGCACUCAAAGUCCCACGAUGCAAACACUAAUGUAUCAAGAGUAUCUCGUCACUACUAGGUGUUAAACCGUCAAGAUUUGGUGGUAUUGUCUGACUAAAAGAUGAGCAUUGCUAUUUUACCAUUGAUGACUCUGUGCCAUUUGCUUCCAAAAAUUGACUUGUGAAAGAACUUGUAUGGGGAUAAGGUGCUCUUUAUUCUGUAUUACUUUUUUUAUUUAAGUGUAUUUUCCUUUUUCUCAAAAUCAACAUUUAUUGAGCUAGAGAAUACAAUCUAUUAGAACAUCAAGAUAAUAUGUAGAAUAAAUUAUUUUGUAUUGCUGCCCAAAAAGAUAGGAUUUAUAGGUCUCACUGCCUUCCUAAUAUGUAGCCUCAAAAUCUCUCAAACAUUCUGCUUUGAUAUAAAUGUUGACGUGUUUGUGAUGUUUUCUGUUUGCUUUCGUCAGCUCAGCUUUCUAGCAGUCAUCUGUAGAAGCAUUUGUAAAACAAAACAAAAGAGACAUUUUGUUGUCAGAAGUGUCACGCAUCUUUACACCAGUGUUUUUGUUUUUUUUUUUGGGGAGGAAAGCUAACUUUUUUUUUUUUUAAAAAGAGACAGUACUUGCCUUGCCUCUUUUUAAAAGGCAGUUGCCCAUGUGGAGACUCAGCAAGGUGGCUCGCUUUGCUUUGCUCUGUGGGAAUUUUGCAACGGUAUACAAGCAUUUUAUUUCUUUUUACGACUGAAAGCGACUUCUUUUUAUUGAGUACAGUUUUGAUUCUUUUCAUUGGUCAUGAUAAAUCUAAAAAGCUAGAAGCACUAAUACGCUUUAUGGUAGAGUUGUCUUGUUAUGGUUGUUAUGAAAGAAUUUUUAUUUUGUAUGUUUUAUUUUAAGUUACCUGUAACUGUCCUGUUGGAAAUGUAUCAGUUGUAUUUUCUUUGGCAUGAAUGUUUGACAUAAGCAGUACGACAUGUAUCAUGAAAACUGUUCGGUUUGUAUUGCUAAUAAGUGCUUUUAAAACAACCAUAUAGCUGAAAUAAAGUUCUCAACGAAC